GGCCGCGGACAGAGCAGCUAUACCUUCAGUCUCCAGAGGUCUUCAUCGUGGAUAAAAGGGCAACAGCCGCUAGAGGGAUGUCGUGGGACUUUUUUGUGCCCGUGUGUGUGGGGGACCUGGUGAAGUCUGGAGGCAUCAACCAGUACGUCGUUCAGGAUGUGGUGUCCCCUAAACAUCUUCCAUCCCAUCUUCAUAAAUUUAUGGCAGCCCUGAGAAGCCAAGGACCUUUGUGUAUAUUGGAACACUUUGACACCGGAUACAGCUUACUGCAGCACUGCAACUCAGUGGAGCUGGGUGUAAAAGAAGACGCUCUGGACAUACUAUUACAAGUGGUUAGUGGCCUUGCAACGUCCUUGCCAGCACUUCUCCUCUCCACCUCCGUCACAGCUGCAGAGCGCAAAGAGAAACUCAACGCAGUGAAAAUGAGCGUCUACCUGCUCUGCAAACUCUCCGAGAACUUUGAGAGCGAGGCCUAUCGACAGUGCAUUAUCACGGCACCUGGAAAGGGCAGUAAAAAGGGCAAAGGUGGGGGUGAAGGGCUGCAGCAGUGGGAGUCUGAGAGAGAGAAAGUGCUGCAGGCUCUCGUGCAGCUCCUCCAGCUCGAUAUCCGCUCCCUCUGGAACCUGUCCCUGGUGGACGAAGAGUUCAUCAGCUGUGUGACGUGCUGCUGCUACAAACUCCUUGAGAACCCAACCAUCAGCCACGUCAAGAGCAAACCCACCAGAGAUUGUAUAAUCCACCUGCUGGGGGUGCUAAUCAAGAAGUACAACCACAUCCUGGGUGCAAGUGUGAAGGUGAUCCAGUUGCUGCAACACUUUGAGCAGUUGUCCAGCGUGUUUGCUCAGGCAGUGUCUGUGUGGAGCACCGAAUAUGGAGUCAGGGGGAUCAUAGGAGAAAUUAUUAGGGAGAUCGGUCAGAGGUCCAGUGAGGAGCUUGCCAGAGAUUCCGCCGGGGUCAAAGCUUUUGCGUCCUUCAUUGCUGAACUCGGCAUCCUUGUUCCUGAAUUAAUGAUGCCCAACAUCAGUGUGCUCAUCACACACUUGGAGGGAGAGAGCCACACAAUGCGCGUUGCCGUGUGUGAGGUUCUGGGGGAGAUCCUGGUUCGGGUCCUGUGUGGCGACGGGCUCGACGACGCUGGUAAAGCUGACCGCGACCGCUUCUUCGACACAAUGCAGGAACAUCUUCAUGACACACAUUCCCACGUCAGGGCGCGAGUGUUGCAGGUCUACACGCGCAUCGUCAACAGCAAAGCGGCUGCCCCUGUUUAAGUACGAGUUGAUAGCUCGGCUGUGGGGGCGUUGAUGGACAAAAAAUCCCAUAAAUGUGGUGAAGAGCGCCCAUCCAGCUGGUUGGCCGCCUUCACUUGGCACACAACCCCCUACAG